UGGGGCUGUUGGGUGACUGUGACUCCACGGUAGGUGAGGAUGUCGUCGGCCCGGCGGUUAACAUAAAUAUAUCUACCGGUUGGGUCGCCGAUCUCCGACGCCCAUGCCGCCGGUAGUCAGUACGCUCACAAUUCUUUUGGCAGGGACAGAGAUUCAGUAUCAUGUUCUUGUAGACAAGGAUAACUCCUUCUCGUCGGCCUUUGCUACCCGAAGACUGUACUAGUGGGAUCCAUCACGCCUCCCCUUUCUAUGUUCGAGUCGCUUCCCGACAUCGCCUCGACCGGCGCCAAGGCUGUGACUGGCGAACUGGAAUUCCAGGUUCUCACCAGCCACUUCACUCACUUGAAAGACUUUCAGGACACUGACUCGCUUACUACUCCUUGUUGCAUCGAGGGCGUCGACUGGUAUCUUAGUGACGCGGCUUUAUCGUGUGACAUGAAGGGUUACAGCACUGUGAAAAAGCGCCGCAAUGACAUACAGCGCGCGCGGUAUACCCUGGGCUAGGAUAACCUGCUGAAAGCUGCUAAUUAGAAAUAGAGGGGCCUGAAUGAAGGAGAAAGGUCAUAUGUACCAAGUUUUACCAUCGGUGGGCGUAUGUAUUUCUGAAGUUGUUGCGCUUUUUGUGUGAUGUCGCUGUGACAUUGAAGGCGUUGGCAAGUGCAUUUGGUAGUAUGGAUGACG